UUUAAAGUGUACUUAAGAGUCCCGCCUUCUCUGGGAGUUUCCAUCCUGCUCGACUCCAGGCUUUAUGUGCAGCACCUGUUCACUCGGCUUCUCUGCUCACUCUGACACACUCUCCACACACACCCACACACAGACACACACACACACUCAUACACACUGACACACACACAGUCUUUCCACACACUCUCACUGUAAACCUUGUAGAUCGCAGAGCAGAACUUCAAGCAGCAUUCCUCAAGGAAUUCUUCACGCUACGGAGAGUGUUUCUUGUCCAGCAUGCCUGACGUUCUCACGCUGCUCCUGGACUUCUGCAUGGACUGGGAGGAACUUCGGGGAACAGUUCCUGAUGCUUUUUUGCUAGAUCGUGGUAUGAGCUGUUGAUUCAUCCCGAUCGGCUCAAUUAGGUUCUGUCCUGGAUUUUGGAACACUUUUGGAGAGAACUUUGAGAAGGUUGAAUAAUUGGGAAGACUCUGGAUUGAGGAAUCUUCUUCAUCAGGACUAUGUGGUUUCGGCUUCUGCUCGUCUUGUGGGAAGUGUGUGUAAGGAACGUGUGCUCAUGCUGAACGGGACCACAGAGCGUAUCCAGAGCAUAAAGCUGAGCCAAAUGAUUCCUCUUCUUCUCCUCUCUCUUCUGUCGUCUCUUCUUCAUGGGUCGGAGGCGGAAUCUACGCUCCUCUCUAAGCUUCACCACUCCAAUGGAAAAGAGCACAAUGGAGUUCAGGAGUCUCAGCAUGAGAAGGUAGUGAUGGUGAGCGGGGACGGGGUCGUCCACAGUCCCGGGUUUCCACACACUUACCCACGCAGCACUGUGAUCGCGUGGAGGCUCGUGGCAGCCAAUGAGAAUGCCAGGAUUCAGCUGAUCUUUGACCCCCGCUUCGGCUUAGAGGAUCCGGAGGACGGCGUGUGCAAGUACGAUUAUGUGGAAGUGGAGGAACCCGAUGGUGGUAUGAUCCUGGGUCGUUGGUGUGGCUCUCACUCUGCUCCUGGUCCUCAGACGUCCAAAGGGAACCAGAUUCGCAUUCGCUUCCUUUCAGACGAAUACUUUCCCUCUGAGCCAGGUUUCAGCAUCCACUACUCCGUGUUGCAGCAGAAGUCGUCCGUACCUGCCGUCAUGCCCUCGGCUCUGCACAACGUGGAGGCUCUGAGUGAAGCCGUGUCUGAAUUCGGCACUGUGGAGGAAGUUCUGAAAUACCUGGAGCCGGAACGCUGGCAGCUCGACCUGGAUGAGCUUUACAAGCCCACAUGGCACGGCCUGGGCAAGUCCUUCUUCCACCAGAAAAAGAACAGAGGCGUGGUGGAUCUGAACCUGCUCCGGGAGGAGGUCCGGCUCUACAGCUGCACUCCUCGUAAUUAUUCAGUGUCUCUGCGUGAGGAGCUGAAGAGGACGGACGUGAUCUUCUGGCCCAGCUGCCUGCUGGUGAAGCGAUGUGGUGGAAACUGCGCCUGCUGCUCCAACAACUGCUACGAGUGUCAGUGCACUCCCACUAAAGUGACCAAAAAAUACCAUGAGGUCCUGAUGCUGAAGUUCAGACCAGGUCGUGGCUCUCAGAAGUCUCUCACGGACGUGGCCUUGGAGCAUCACGAGGAGUGCAACUGCGAGUGCAAGAACGACUGAACCGUGAACUUCAGCCAGUAUAUAUUUAUUCAACAGACUUUGUUCUUCAUUACGAUGUUCAAGCUGAUCAACUGGAGAGAUAAACGUGUUUCACGUGGACUCCAGGCUCCGGUUUUGGUCCUUCUCGCAGAUCUUUGGAACAAAAACUUUGAAUUGGUCCCGUUGAAAUAUGCGGCAGCAACAUUUUAGAAACAUGGACAAUUUUUUGUUUGUUUGUUUGUUAUUUUUCUUUAAUAAAAAUAGUUUUGCUUCUAAUAACGCUCCUGAGAAGAACAUGAACAUUGUAUGAUUUCUAUCUUCUGAUGUUCUUCCCCAAACCUCACUGUCUUAUUAGAUUUCUUUCUACUCUGAUGAAUUACAGUGAGCCUCUGCCCUGGAGGUGUCUGUGGACCAGAGAAGAACCUCUUGAAGAACUUUUACUGAACUUAGUGGUUAAACUCAAGAUAAGGAGGACAUUCCUUCUGUUCAUCUCUUGGCUUUCUUCUGAAAUGGAGGUUAGAAGAACGUUGUAAGAAAAAGAGGGAUUUCUUUCUUUCUCAUUGUCCUUUCUGCAGCUCAUUCAUCACCCGCUGGGAUUGGAGAUGAGCGAGGAGCCCGAGCGAGGUUUUUUUCUUGCAGAAUUUGGUGCGUUUUUUUUUUUUUUUUUUUUUUGUGAUGUAAAUAGCUUCCUGCUCUGGUUUUGUAUUUUAGUUUUUUUCAAUUACUCAUGUUCCUUUUUUUUAUGCUUCUCACACCUUCACACCUCUUUUCCCUCAUCCGCCGCUGUUUCAGGGUUCGUCAGGUACAAGAUCGUCAAGAGAAACAUCCAGAGUGUUGAAGAAGCUCUGAUAUUCGAGCUGUACAUCAAAGAGAGACACAGAGAACACAUCAUGGUUCAUAAAUAAACUGAUUUCUACUGAUAUUCAAAAAUA